GCCUGCGCCGUCGCGUGGGGGGCGGUGGCCGUUGGCGCUGUUGCCGUUACCGGGGCAGCGAGACGCUGUUCUGUGAUUAUCCGCCCCUCGCAGUUCGCCGCGCAGCAGUGGUAGUGGGCGGAGGUCGCUUGCGGGAGCUCCACUCCCCCGCGUCCCAGUCCUCGACUUUGCCGGCCGAUUGCCUGCCGCCGUUGCUCGCCUGAGGCGGGACCGUGCCCGCGCUGCAGGAUGAAGAAGUUCUUCGGGUUCGGGUGGAAGAAGAAAGGGCAGCCGCCGUCCGGCAGCGCCUCCCUGCCCUGCCCCCCCGGUGCCUACGACAUCCAGUACAAGGAGUUGAGCAAGCUGCACCGCGCGGCCGCCAGCGGAGACCUGGCCCAGGUGCGGCGGCGGCUGAAGAAAUUCAGCAUCGACGGGCGGGACGAGGAGGCGAGGACACCUCUGCAUCUCGCCUGCGCGAAUGGCCACGUGGCUGUUGUUACACAUUUGGUAGAAAGCAAGUGUAAGCUAAAUCUUCUUGACAGUGAUAACAGAUCACCCCUGAUGAAGGCAGUACAAUGCCAGCAAGAAAAAUGUGUGGCUAUUCUACUAGAACAUGGUGCUGAACCAAAUCUGGCAGAUUCUGAUGGCAACACUGCCCUGCAUCUGUCUGUCAUCUCUCCUAAUACAACUGUGGCAGAGCUGCUACUUGAUUAUGAUGCCAAUAUUGAGGCCCAGAAUAAGGAGGGAUUUUCUCCACUUGCUCUUGCUAUCUCUGAACACCAGGAAGAGAUAGCAGAAUUUCUCCUUGGGCACGGAGCUAACGUGCAUGCUCGAGAUCAGCGUGAAAGAACACCACUUAUGAUUGCUGCUUCUGAUGGGGAGCUUAACUUGGUAAAGGUGCUUCUUCGGUAUGGUGCUGAUGUUUCCCAUACAGACCCUCAUGAAUGGACAGCUGAAGAUUAUGCUGUUAUUCAUGGAUAUUCUAGUCUUAGUGAACUACUGGCACAACACGCAGACUCAGAAAACACAGCAGAAGCUUCUGCAGCUGCUGCAACAGGCCUCCCAGUACUUAGCAUUCCUCCCUGGGCAGGAACUGCUGACGUUAUGUUGGGUGCACCUGCUGUGGACAGAGAAAUGCAACAAUCUCCUACCCGCACAUCAAGAACAGGAAAAUCAAGGAAAGCAAUAGAUGACUCUUCCCAAGGAGACUCAAUAAGAAGCUCUGAGAAAGAGGAGGGUGAUGACAAUUGGCAUACCUCUGAGGAAGAAGAACUCUAUUUUACCCCCAAGAAGCUGCAGAAGCCAAACUUGACACUGUUAAUGAAUGCUGCCCAGAAGUUCAGGAAAAAGAAUGAUGAUGACAGUUCUGGAAAUGAAAGUCCUAAGUCACCAAAGAAAAGCCUCAAAGAAGAACAGGAGGAGGAAGAUCAGGAAGAUGAAGAAACUCAGUCUAAAGACAUACAGGGAGAAUCAACUGAAUGUGAAGAAAAGGAGGAGGAGCAGGAGAAAGAAGACACUGGUGAAAAGCUACAAACUGCAGUUGUUGAGGGAGUGAAGAAUUCCAUUUGUAAUGAUAACCAUCAAGUCCACAAUGCUUCAAAAGAAAAUGCUGGUGCCCUGCCAGCCGAGGGAGCAGAGGAAGAGGAAGAUAAUGAUUCUCCCUGGGAUUCCGAGGUUAUAGAGUCGGAUUGUGAAGGUAUGAGGCAAGUAUCGUCCGGUGUGUUUCUCCCAGCCGCAGACAGACAAGGAAUAUACUCCAAGAUUCUCUCCGAGGAAUGCAACAACGGCUUUUCAGAGAAACCCAGCAAUUCCCAGCUGAAGACUCCAGAAUCUGCUUUGGAAAUGAAGGAAACCUCUCCUAAAAAAAGGCAGCAGGAAUCAGGUGCCCUGCCAGCCGAGGGAGCAGAAGGAGAGGAAGAUAAUGAUUCUCCCUGGGAUUCCGAGGUUAUAGAGUCGGAUUGUGAAGGUAUGAGGCAAGUAUCGUCCGGUGUGUUUCUCCCAGCCGCAGACAGACAAGGAAUAUACUCCAAGAUUCUCUCCGAGGAAUGCAACAACGGCUUUUCAGAGAAACCCAGCAAUUCCCAGCUGAAGACUCCAGAAUCUGCUUUGGAAAUGAAGGAAACCUCUCCUAAAAAAAGGCAGCAGGAAUCAGGUGCCCUGCCGGCCAAGGGAGCAGAAGGAGAGGAAGAUAAUGAUUCUCCCUGGGAUUCCGAGGUUAUAGAGUCGGAUUGUGAAGGUAUGAGGCAAGUAUCGUCCGGUGUGUUUCUCCCAGCCGCAGACAGACAAGGAAUAUACUCCAAGAUUCUCUCCGAGGAAUGCAACAACGGCUUUUCAGAGAAACCCAGCAAUUCCCAGCUGAAGACUCCAGAAUCUGCUUUGGAAAUGAAGGAAACCUCUCCUAAAAAAAGGCAGCAGGAAUCAGGUGAGCACUCGGGAUCUACCUGUCGUAUGUCAUCAGCAGCUGAAAAAGAAGACAUCAAGGAUGCCUUGGAAAAUGAUGAGAUGCCGGGUAAAUAUAUUUUAGAAACUAUCAACUUGACACAGAAAACAGCAUGGGAAAAUCAGACUGACAAAGCAGAAAUUCCACCUCAGGAAGCCCUGGUGGCAAAUGAGGAAUUGCACAGUGCUGACAAGCAGUUAAGUCCAAAACCCUGGGAAGAAAGAUACGAAAGAAUGUGGGUUGAAAGUGAGAAAAGGGAAUUGAAAACAAAUUUUAAAAGUAUUACAGCAGAGCUGAAGCAGCUGUUUGGUGAAAUUAAUGAAACUCGGAAAACUACUUCCCUUGCGGGAGAAAUGUCAGAAGUGAAGAGUUCUUGUGUUGUUUCAUCUCGUGCAACAGAAUCGGAUAAGAAGUUAGAAAAUAAAGGUGAAUUUGGAGAUCUUAAGCUUAUGCGAGGUGGAAAAGUACCCAAAAUGGAAAUUGUAAUUCCAAGUCUUGGUGUCCUUCCUGAUCAAAAUAACUUAAAUGCAAAUCUGGAAGGUAGCUGGAGUACAGAUGAAGACGACAGCACAAACCAUACAGAUAAUAUAAAGGUGCCUCUAGCCAAAGGAGAGGAAGAGAAAAUGCCUGUGAUGGAGAUGGAGGAGAAUGAAAAUGGAAGUAGUAGGAAUGUAAUGGGAAGACCUGAAUAUUCCCCAAGACGUAACUUAAACACAAGUAUUUUGGAUGAUGUUUCUACUAUUCUUCCUAAAAUACAAUGUGUUUCUACAAGUGAUGAAAAUGCACUUUUUGUAAGAGAAAGGAAACUUGGAAAAGACUCUGGAUUUAAUGGUGAUGUUCCCAGGGAGUGCCUUAUCAACAGUAAUAAAAGAGGAGAAACAGAAAUUGAAAGUCUUCUUGCAAAUGCUCAGCCGUUGUGUGGCACACUGAAAAAGAAUCUUGAUGAAGAACUAAAACAAGAUAUGGAAAGAUUUAAGAGUAAGGUAGGAGUGCUGCAAAUAGUAUUCCUGGCUUUGGAGAAAGAGAAGGUACAGCUGCAAAAAGAGGUUGAGAAGGAAAAAAGCAAACUAAGAUGUUUCAAAACUGAGGUGAUGGCAAAACAGGAAGAUCUUGAUAAAUUAAAUCCACCACCAGGCAACAUUACUGAUCAGCCAAUGAAACAAAAGGUUACUCUAAGGAAGAAGGACUCUUCGAAAAUUGAGACUGGAAACACUGCAGAAGUCAAAGACGAAAAGAAUUUUUCAUCUGAGGAGGGGUCGAGAUGCAUCAAGAUGCCAAUGAAAGGUAAACUUUCCCCGAAUGCCAAAGCUUCGAAGAAAAAUAAAAGACAGGCUUCAAAGAAGAAGGCUGAUCAGCAGAUGAGCUCUUCUACUGGGAAUCAUUUUCAAGUACUGGAUGACAGCACUUUCAGUGAAACAUCUCAAGAUGAAAGAAGACCUGCAGCAAAACUAGGGAGUGAAAAGAACAAGGUCAGCACACAAAUGGAUGUAACUGCUGACCCUGAUUUAGCUCGCUCAUCUGACACAACUUCAGCGGAUGCUGAGUUACCCACUUCAACCUACAAAGAGGCGACGCUGCUGUUAGAACAGCUUCAUGUGGAUCAUAUGGAUUCUGCUAUUUUGUUGAAACUUCAAAACAUACUUCUUGAAUAUGAACGGAUAAUAGAACACGAAAAAAAUCGAUAUUUGGCUGUCUGGAGAGAAGUAAGGAAACUGGAAAGUGAAAAGGAGUCAUCACAAUUAAGAGCAGAAGAGACUCAAGAAUGGAAGAAUGAUAUUCAAAGUCUUAAAUGUACUUUGAAACAAGAAGAGGAAAAGAGGCUCAGAGUGGAAACUCUAUAUGAGAAAACAAGUGAAACACUCAGGAAGAAAGAAGAUCAAUAUUGUAAAGAAAUGGAGGAGAAGCAGCAACUUGAGUUACGCUCAAGGAAUUUGGAAAUGGAGCUAAUAACACUGAGAAAGCUCUUGAAACAGGUUGAAGAAGAGCGUGAUGAGACAAGGAGACAGCUCUCUCAGGAGAAGAGCGCCAGAGCCCUGCAAGAAGAGAUUUUGAACCACCACCUUUGGAGGCAAAAGGAACUAGAGGAGGAGGCAAGAACUAUUGAAAAAAGUGCAGCGGAAUCUGACAUGGAGAGAGAAAAGGCUCUGAUGUACAAAAAUCAGUUACUACAAGAUGAGAUUACUAGGUUAAGAGUAGAACUGGAUCAAGUGAGACUUAGGCAUCAGGAGGAAGAAGGAAAAUAUUUAGAGGAAAAUGAGACCUUAAAAGAAAAAAACGAAGAUCUCAAAAAGCAACUUAGACUGAACGAGGAAGCCUUAGCACAAACAGUUUUUCAGUACAAUGGACAACUGAGCUUAUUAAAGACGGAAUCUGCAGUGCUAAAUUCCAAACUCGAGCAGACGAAAGAAAGCAAAGACAGACUAGAGACAGAAAUUGAAUCAUUUCGCUCCCGCCUGAACACUACAGUUCAAGAACUCGAACGUCAUCAGUCAUCAAAAAGCGAUGCCGAACGAAUGUUUCAGAGAGAGCGUGAUGAAUGGCUUUGCAUGCAAGACAGACUCCAUCGUGACCUCUCUGAUGUGCGAGAAACCAACAAGAGCUUGUCUCAGCAGCUGAGUAAAGCUGAAAGCAAGGCUAAUAGUCUAGAAAAUGAGCUUCACCAGUUGAAACAAACACUCAGAGAAAAAACAUUGCUUUUGGAAAUGACACAAAAAGAAUUAAGUCAAGCCCAGAGUCAGGCAAAGGAAUGUGAUCAUGCUCGACAACUUGAGAAAGAUCAAGUAAGCAAAUUCAUAAUAAAGCAGGAAUCCCUGCAGGAGCGACUGGCCCACCUCCAGAGUGAAAACCUGUUACUCCGUCAGCAACUGGAAGAUAUGCAGAACAAGGGGAUCCUCAAAGAGAAAGUAGUGAAUGAUGUGCAGGACCGGUUUAAUGAUAUUUUCAACAAAUUCAGAGCUGAUACUGAAAAGCAAGUUUAUCUAGUGGAAGAGAGAAACAAGGAAUUAAAUGCCAAGUGUACCGAUUUAAGAGAACAAGUCUUCAAAUAUGAGACUGACAAAGUAGAAAGAGAGGGCAUGAUCAGACAGCUGCAGCAGGAACUUGCUGAUGCUUUUAAAAAGCAGUCCAUGUCAGAGGCUUCACUUGAAGUUACUGCACGUUACCGCAGUGACCUUGAAGAAGACAAGCUGCGCCUGCAAAAGGAAUUGGAAAAGGUUAAAACCAAGUUGUGGGAGUUGGAAGAAGAGCAUCUUCAGUCAGACCACCGUGUUCAUGGCUUGAAGAUUGCUUUGGAAAAUAAAGAAAAAGAAGUUCAGGGCUUCCUCUUGGCAUCUUCUGAGGCUAAUACCGCCAUAAAAAAAUUGGAAGAACAUGUGCAACGCCUCGAAAUGGAAAAUGCCAAGUUGGAAGCCACACUCCAGCAGCAGGGCAAUAAGAUCGAAGCCCUUCAGCAAGACCAGCAAACCUCUGCAUCAAUUGAUAACCGCCUGGAAGAGUUAAUAACUAGCUUACGGACAACACAGGCAGCUGCAGAGGACCACCACCAUCAGCAGGUUGCUGAACUUUCCCAGCAGUUGAAGGCACAGUCUAAAAAAUGCGAGGAGCUAGAAGCUGAAAAUCAGGAUUUGCGAGAAGAGUUGUCCACUAUGCAUGAAAACCAUCAAAAACUGGAGACAAGCAAAUGCCAGCUGAUAGAAGAGGUGGCUAACCUGAAACAUCGUUUGGAGACGAGCAUGGUGGAUCACAACCAUAUAGAACAAUAUAAAAAAGAAGUGGAAGAACGAGCCGAACAAGAAAUAAGACAAAAACUACAACAAGUCAAUCUAUUUUUGCAGGUGCAGGCAGCCUCCCAGGACAGAUUAGAACAAAUCAGAGCCAGUCACCAUGCUUCCCUGAGAAAACAGCUGAAACACAGAAUUAGAGAUCUUGAAUUUGAAUUGGACAGGAUAAAAAAUAUCCAACAGGACAAUAUUUUUCAAAAAGAAUCCACGCAGGCAGAAGUGAAAAGGUACAAAGAGCUGUAUCUGGAGGAGGUGAAAAUUAGAAGAUGCCUGGCAAAUAAACUGGAAAGAGCUAAUGAGAAACUUGCAGAAGCCAGCACGCAUCUCCUCCAGGAAUGCCAUAGAAACAAAUCUCUCACCACAAGCAGCAUCGUCAGUGGAGGUGUGGCUCCAAGUCCAUUUCUGUAUCCAACUGAACUGGGACAUCUUGGCAACAACUUGGCACUUAAUGGAAAUCUGAGUCUAGGAGGAAGUUUCCUAACCCUAGCUGGGAGCACAUUAUCAUCAAGAAACAGGGUUGAAGCCUAUGUGACUAAGGUACGGCAGGAACUGGAUGAAAGAAUCACUAAAGAAAUUGAACAAGCCACUGCUGAACAUGACACUGGAUCUACCGGAGCUUCUCCCGUGGGAUCCACUGAUAGAUCUUCAAAAAAUGUCCAUGUUGACCAGGAACCACUUAGCAGAGCAAUACAGGAGUACCAUGAUGUUUUAACCAAAAAUUAUAUGAUCUACUAGGGAAAGGCUCUGGAAAUCCUCUCUGGUUUCCCAUCCCAUGGUUCAGAUGUGAAAACAUGUUUAUUGCAGUUUGAAUGCAAAUGUGUUUAUUGCAGUUUGAAUAUAAGUUCUAAGUCUAUUAAAUGGAUGUCAAGCACAUUGCACUUACCUGUUGGUUUAUUGAUGAAAAGUUUUAUUUUGCACUUGCAAUAAAAACCAUAUCUAUUUUUUUCUGACUAACAGAUUGACAAAUGUUGAUUCUUGAGCUUGACAGAACUGUCAGAUGGUUCUUGCUAAGGUAGAUGGAUUAUUUUGCUCCAUUCUUAUUCUGUGUUUUAACAAAAACAUUCCCUUUGUUCUGUUUAAUACUUUGUGUUUUCAGUGUUCUCAGUGUUAUUUCGAUGCUUAGGGCAUUAUGUGAUGUGCUUUGAGCCUGCUGCUUCAGUCCUGAUGCAGUGAAUGUUUCUGCUGAUGAAAUGGAAGUUUUACCAGUAUUUGAGCUGGACAACAGGGCACUUUACUUUGCUGGCACUUUAUGCACCUUAGCUUUAUAAUUACUGUGAGUGCAUAGUAGUGCUGAGAAAUUUGUUACGUGGUCUUUUUGGUAUGUGGAUUUUUGUGUGGGCUGUCUCAGGACUUCCACCUCUGUCCGAGAGGGCAGGAGGUCCAUCUCUUUUGGGGAGUACCUUCCUGGGGUCUUUCCAAGUGGCAUGUCAGAGUGUUACUCCACCAGUUGAUCUCCUUUUGGCACUCCCUGAUGGUCCUCAGUGUCUCAACCUCCUCCUUGAGUUUCACAACCACAUCGAGCAGAUCUUGCACCUGCUCACACCUCACACAGGUGGAGUGCUGGCCUCCCUCCCCCGGCAGCAGCAGGCUCUGGCACUCCCUGCAGCCAGAAACCUGAACAAACACCGUUUGGGACAGAACCUCCAUCUGCAUUGCCACAAUCUGUUUGGGAUUGACAAGCGACAAGUGCUCUCUGCACCCUGCUGCACAAGCUACCACAGCCGCUGCUGCAGCACAGUGUGGGUGGGACUCACCUGCUACACAAGCUGGUUGCUCCUCCCUGCAGGUGGUGGGCAGUGACUAGUCGCUUCCCUCCCAAAGGCUUUUUCAAGGCAAGGGGAGGGGGUGUGGUGUCCCUGUACGUUUCCCUCUGAGCUUCCUAAUCUGCUGAACCUCGUGGUCGGCUGAACCUCGCCGGCUCUGGCUGUCACUGGGUUGGCUCCGACCAGCUGACUGAAUUAAAAAUUGCUGCUACGUUCGUAGUUCCUACAUCAACACUUGCGGUGCACCUGAAACACUUCAUAUGGGGGGAAAAAGAAAUGUUAGUAUAUCAACUUUCAGUCUCCUCGGUACUUUCAGAAACAUGUGUGAUAGGAGAGUCAAUCUUUUUGUUGCUGCUACCAGCUGAUGAAGGGUGGCUGUAGCCCAGAUGUGAACCCAUGUUGUGGGACAUUUGUGUCAAUAAAACAAGCAGUUUUACUUAUUUCAGGAAGUUACUUGUUACCGAAGAUCUCCAGUUGUUACAUCCUGUCUGUGAUCAAAAGAUUUGAGAACAAAGUCCCAAUUGUGAGAAAGAAUGGUUGUACUGAGAUGAACUAAGACUGGAAAAAAGUGGGAGUUUUUACCCACUAAUUCAAGGACUUGAGUUAACAUGCAGUGAGGAAAGCAAUGAACGCUGCUGUGACCUUGUUCCUCGUUAUAUGAAUACAUGUUUAUGAAGCCAAUACCCUGUUCCUGUUUAUAUGAAUACAUGUUUGUGAAGCUAAUACACUGUAUUUAAUUCCAGUAUUUCAUUACAACUUGAUAUUUAAUCAAA